AUGGCCGCUCGUAGCUUGAACAGUUGCGGGCCGGUCAACGAUGCCGCGUACGACGCCGGCAAGUGGCUUGCCACGGCGCACAGCGACGGCACGGUUCGCAUCUGGAGCUCCGGCGAGUUGGUGGCAGAGCUUGUCGGUCACAAGGCCUCCGUGCUUUGUCUUUCCUGGGCCCCGGUGACCUCCGGCCCCUCCACGCUCGCCUCGGGAGCUUCGGAUGGACAGGUCGUGCUCUGGCGAGAAGUCCGCCCGGGCGAGUGGCAAAAUGUCUAUCAGAAGUUCGUGACCGGCGCAGUAAAGGCUUUGGCCUUCUCCGACCCAGAGCCACAGCUGAUCUUGGCCAUCGGCGGUGGGGAUGAGCUCGGGGUGCUUACCUUUCUGGUUGAACUGCGAAGAGGUGCUCAGGGUGGCGACCAGUGGCAGGUGAAGGCCAUCCCUGCUCACGGCGGCGGCGUGCUGUCGUUGAGCUGGGCUCCCGCUUCCUCCCCCUUGGUUCUGGCCACAGGUCCCGCCGUCGCCCGGGGCCAGACCCAGGGCCGAGCCUUAGCCCCGGUGCGCCGGUUGGCCACGGCCGGCCGUGACGGCCGACUACUGACCUGGCGUGUCGACGCCCGGGGACAGAACCCGUUGCAGGAAAUUGUCCUCGAUGACGGCAAUGGCGGCGGAGUUGCUGCCCUGGCCUCUGGGGGUUUGUGGACUGCGGUUGCCUGGAGGCCGAACUGCGGUCUUCCGAGCCAGACGCUCGUGGCCUGCAGCGAGGACGGCCAGGUCUCCGUCCUGGUGCAGGACGCCGAGGGGCUGCCUUUCGGCCCACGCCAGAGCUUCAACCUCGGUGCCGUCAGCCCGGAGCGGAUCGCCUGGACGAAGGCUGGCACCCUGCUGGCGGUGGCGCUGGCAGACAGCUCGGUGCUUUUCAAGGAGAGCACGGGAGGAAAGUGGACGAAGGUGACCACCGUCGGAGAGUGA